AGGCUACACCGGAUACGUUACGCCUGCGUUACGUUACGUUAAGUCUGGUUAAGUCAAAGCCGCAUCUGCCGUAACAAUUAGCUUCCACUGUAAUCAAUAGAACUGGCUACACCAGACGCAGCUGCGCUACGUCAAGCCGCAUCGAAGCCGUAGAAAAUAGACUUGUCUUCUAUUUUUUUAUUUUUGACGUAAAGGAGCCUAUGUGCAUUCAUUGUACAGAAACACUAUCUGAAGAAUAUUUGUGCAUUGUAUUUAUUGUAUUUAUUGUAUUUAUGUAUGUAAGCUAUGUAAAUGAAGUCUCGAGACCUGUUGCUAUGGAAAAUAUAACGACAUUAACGGUAUUAUAUUACACUUGUUGUUGACUUCUGCUUGGCGAUGGAUGACAUAAAACUUAUAGUAGAAGUUGAACAAAAUAAACUUUUAUAUGAUCCUAGUGAAACCCAUUACAAGAACAAUUUGAAAAAAAACUCAGCGUGGAGCAGGAUUUCGCAAACACUUGGUGUUUCAGUUGAGGACUGUCAGAAGCGCUGGAGAACUUUGCGUGAAAGGUUCAACAAAGAAAGAAAAAAAGGAACAAAAAGUGGAUCAGCAGGAGGAUCACAAAAAGAGUGGAAGUACCUCCAAACCAUGGCUUUCCUACUGCCCCAUUUGCAACCACGAAACUCAAGAAGCAGCAUAGACUGUGACCCAUGGGAAGCACUGGAUCUAAGCCAUGGGGAUGUGGAGGAAGAGACUGAAGAGGCUCAUGAUGCUGCAGAGAACACAGAAAAUUCCCAAACUGAUACAAGACCUAAAGAGCUAUCUCCACCUGUCCGUAAAAGAGCUGCACCUACACUUGAGGACAAGCUGUUGGCAAUUGUGAAAGAACCUUCAACACAGCCUCAACUGAACAUGCCACGAGAGGGAGAGGAAAUGUACUAUUUUGCCUUAAGUCUUGUGCCUACACUUAACAAAUUGAGCGAAAGGGGUAGGUUACGGGCUAGAUCUGUCCUAACCGAAGCAGUCAGCAACAUUUAUGACCAGGACCAGGUUCUGAAGCUUUCCACCACAUCUGGCUCGGGCCCAAAACAGUGGGAUCAUCAGCAGGCCUUUCAGCAUGGCCAGGACCAGAUACCCCCACUGCCCUCUACCUCAUCACAUGUUUUGGGUAGACAGUGGGAUCAGCAGCCUCAACACCAAGCUUUCCAAUUUCAUGCAAGGCACACCAGUCACAGAUCAAGGGCUGAGGAGGCUUGGGCUCCACUUUCAAGUGAGAGUACUCACUAUGCAGAGCUCUAAUUUUUUUUAGAAAAUACAGGACUACUGUGUCCAUUUAGUAGGCCUAUUCAUUAGGCUAUUGUUUUUGUUGUAUCGGCUAAUAAAUAUUUGACCUGUCCAUCACACUUUGUGUUCUUCAUAGAUAGAUAGAUAGAUACUUUAUUGAUCCCCAAGGGGAAAUUCAAGGUCCCAGCAGCUUAAGACACCACACACAACAUACAAUACAAUGUAGGCUAAACAUGAAAAUACAAAGCAAAUCAACAAAUCAACAUGACUAAAGGAGCAGUAAAAUACUACAGAUAAGAUGUGCAUGAAUGUACUGAGGAUUGGUGCUGUGAUCCAGUAGGUGUGUGUCAAGUUGGUAGUGCAAAUAAGUCCAACAGUGCAACAGUGCAAGAUUACAUUCUAGUGACCUGACCAGCAAUAAAUAUGUACAGUACAAAAUGUAAGCAUAGUAAUAAUAAUAACAGUACUAGUAUAAAUAUAUGUACAAGUAAAAUAAACCUAACAUGGUAAUAAUAUAAGAGUUAUAGCAACAGUGCAAGGAUAGUUAGAUAUGGGUGCAGGCAUUUAGUCAUUGGUCAAAUAUAUGGACAAAAAGAGGGUAGACAUGUAAGCCAUGCCAUGUAAGUGUAUAAGAGGGUGGAGGUGCAGAUAUACUAUGCAUAGAAGUCCAACUCUCCUUUUCCCUUCAGUGAAGCAUUGUACAGUUGUAUGGCCCUGGGUACAAAUGACUUCCUCAGUCUGUCUGUUGUGCAUGUUCAGAUGUAGGCCUAUUAAAAUAAAUACCUUAGUGUAACAGCAAGUCGUUGUUUGGGCUCAAU